AUGCAUAUCCGUUCGACGGCAGUUCAACUUCUCCUUCUUCUAAUGGUGGUGACCAUUCGGGGAAACCUGGACGGAUCCGGAAGAUGUGGGCCCUACGAGUGCCGUCUGAGCAAUCCGAUCUGCCGCUGCGAGUCCUUCUGCCAGGAGUUCAGCCAGCGCUGCUGGAAAAACCCAACGGGUUGCCAUUGUGCGAGGGGUUAUGCCCGCGACGAACGCGGACACUGUGUGCCCCAAAUAUUGUGCCCCUAAUAUUGUGCCGCUGAUACGAUUUAACAUCAAAUCUUCAAAUUCAUAUUUAAACAAACAACCAAUUGCAUGGGUUUAAUCAUCGUGCAAAAAAAUACAGCAGACACAAUUUAAACAAGUCAAUAAUGGUAAUAAAAUUGAUCGGGCGUAUGAUUACAUUUA